AUGCUCUACCAAAUCCACUCCCAUGCCGAAAUCCAAGCCCUGCAGGCCCGCACCGAUGAGCUGGGCCACUCCAAAGACUUCAUGCUUGUGAAUCUUGUCUCUUUGGAGUCGGUGCGCAUAGCGAGCGAGUCGUAUGCACUCCUCCGCCCGCUGAUCGUGGAGUCGAUGUUCUGGGCAUGCUCGGAGCUGGAAAACCUCUCGGUCGUGGCAGCCUUGUCGCUGGAAAUCCAGAUGCUUGAGCAUGAUGUGUUACCCCAGCUCAAGGUUCAGGACCCCAAGCUGGAACGGGGCGCCCUGCAAGCCCUCCUCCUCAUGAAAGACUCAGCAAUUAUGCUCUUAAAUCUCAGGAAGCGCUUUAUCGUAGCCUUGGGCGUAUUGCUUGCCGAGGAGGAUCAGGUCUCAGGCCGAGUCAAAAAGCUGAGCGAAAUGCUAAAGGAUACUGUUGAUGGUGUACUCAAAGGUAAUGGUAACAUUGUCUUGCUUGAGAAGCGUGUCCUGUUGCUGGUCAAUCUGGUCACCGAAGUGUUGGAGACCCCGGUUCUUUUCUGUGAUCCUGAUGAGUAUUCUGAUGAGUAG